AUGGCUGCACAGCAAGGGCCCAAUGCCCUCAAGACCUCCCUGCCCGAGGCAUACGCCGCCAUGAACGCUCAACAACCCCCACCAUCAUAUACACACCCAUCACAAGAACAACAAGACAAAUACCUCCAAGGUCGCCCAGGAGCAACACAACAUCACCUUGAAAUCGCAUUACAGCAUGCGCAACAGAUCCAGACCCAAAAGGACGCCGAGGACGUAAUCCUCAACCACAUUCUCGAUCUCCUCGAUCUCCCCUCCUCCCCCUCCGCCAACCCAGCCACACCAGACAUAGAAGAUACCAACAAAUUCAAAGGCGCUCUGAUCCCCUUCCGACCAAGCGACUACGAUAAUCUAAUUCUAGAACGCAACUACGGAGAUCUCUGCGGCUACACCCUCUGCCCCCGCAAACACCGCAAGCAAAAACCCGGAGCGGGAGGUGGCUUCCAAUUCAAAUAUGGACCUAAAGGGAGCGGGCCAGGCGGCCGGGGACGCAGCGUGGACAUUGUACCACAAGACCAGGUCGAGAAGUGGUGUUCGGACGCAUGUGCAGAACGCGCUCUAUGGAUCAGAGUGCAGCUAUCUGAAGAGCCAGUCUGGGAGAGGAGGGGCGAUAAUACCCGGGGCACGAAUAUCCUACUUCUUGAAGAAGCGCGUGCGAAAAGACUACUGGCCCCGGCGGCUACGGGCACUGUUUCGGCUGUUGUGGACGAUUUGAAUAACCUCAUGCUUGCGAACCCGGAUCGGUCGCGGGAGCUUGCGGUGGAACGAGGUGAUACCAGUUCUGUGAAUCGUAAUGGUCGGGUGCCGAUUACUUUGCAGGAGAAUGCUGGUAAGCAGCGUGCAGAGGCUCCGCAGAUGCGUCCGGAUGAUGUGACUGGGGGUUCCAUUGAGGGAUAUGUUCCCCGGCAAGACAGAGCCGUAGACGAAGAUGGAGAUAUUGAUCUCUUUGAUCAGAUCUGA